UUUUCUCCUUGGUUAAACGAUGUCGUAUUUGAUUCCCUCCUCGAAGUGCAAUAAAUUCCAAAUUGCAAAUCCCUGCCUACUGAGAGCCGUCAACACAAAUCGGAGGAAGUUGGCUGCAGCGUUCAGACUAAAAAUGGCGAAGAAAGCUACAAAUUCCGGGCGAUCUCGUCCGUCGUCGGCGUCUUCUCCGACUGCAAGGAGACUCCGGUCAGGGACGAAGCUGAAGGCGAAGCAGCAGAAGAAAACCUCAAAAAUUGAUUCUAAAAUGCCAAAGAAACCCCCCACGGCUUUCUUCUUCUUCCUGGAGGAUUUUCGAAAGGGAUUUCAAGAGCAGAAUCCAGAUGUCAAGUCAAUGCGCGAUAUUGGGAAAGCGUGUGGAGAGAAGUGGAAAACGAUGACAUAUGAGGAAAAAGUUAAAUAUUAUGAUAUAGCAACUGAGAAACGAGCAGAGUUCGAUGGAGCCAUGGCAGAGUAUAUUAAAAGAAAGGAAAGUGGUGAAUACAGGGAAAGUGAAGAGGAUUCCGAGUAUGACGAGUAGGCUUUUAGUAGGGUUUUGUUAGAAACUUUGUUGUUGUAGUAGGAGGGCAGGUGUAGCGGUGGUGACAAGUUGUAUAUUCUCUUUAUCUAGUUAGUAUUGGGUAUCAUUUUUGUGUAAAUUACAAAAUUGAAGACAACAUUUAGGUGAUUACAGACUUGCACUGCAGAUUUGACCACCGUCAUGAUUGUUAUUAUUAUUUAGUAAAUAUCACUAAUUGAUUCCUGUUGAGAACCAUUUGCUAUUUUUCCAUCUUCUUUCUAUAAGAAAUUCCUCAAUUGUGA